CAGGAAAUAUACCUAUGCCAAACUUCCAGCACCCAAUUAACUUCAUCUUUUUGGAAUAUGCACACUUCAACAUUCCACAAAAGCCAAGAUCAUGCAACAACAUCUAAAGCCUCUAACCUGAUGAACGAGGGCUCCAUAAUACUUAUGAUCCUCAAAUAAUAAUACUUUUAUUACGUUGUUGUUGUGUCGUUGCUGUCAUGGUUUGGUGGCGACGGAUUCGAUCAUGGCGGAGACAAAAUAUGUGUGGCUAAAACUUCAAUUUCCUGUAGUUUGUGAAAUUCUCAAUCAACUCCAAGGAAGAGUGUAUAGAUGAAGUCGUCAAAGAGAAAUCUUGUUUUGGUCACAAAGAGGAAGUCUGAUGAUAACAAAAUCAAAAGCUGCAGCCUCCAUGAUAAGAUACAUAUAUCUAGUAAUUAAACUAACUAUUGUUUGCUACAAGCAUCUUAUCCUGUUUUUAUUCAAUUUUGGUUAUUUCACAGCCGGUCCGAUCAUAAGGUUUCAAGCUUUCAGAGUUUCAAGUUGAUGAUGAUGAAUUUCCAUUUUCAUUUCCAUUUUCAUUUCUCAUGUGGUACGUCAAGUUUGUGAAAAAAAAAGGAUUUAAUUUAGCAGUUUAUCGACAAGAGAAACAUGAAAAGCGCUCCGCUGGUGACCCCAAAACCAAAUAAAAUCAAGUCAUCCGUCCCAAAAAACAUUCCUAACUCAAACACGUCGAGAAACUCGACGUGUUUGCGUGCCAGGUCAUCAAUCUCGAAUGAGAACUUGAGGACCUCAUCCGCUACUAGAGGAAGGCCGGCAUAUCAGAAUCUGCCGGCCCCACCGAAGAUUAUGAGGAGGCAGCCGUGCAAUGCAGGAAAUGUUCAGAAGAGUGGUGGAGUGCAAGUUGCGGGCAGCAGGAUGGUGGACAAGUUGAUGAAUGCGAGAAUGUCGAAUGCCGAUGAUCGACGCUCCAAAAUCAAAUUGAAUGGGAGUUGUAAUGGUGAAGAGGAGAGACAGCCUAAGAUUAAGCUCAGUGCUUCCUUGAAUGAGACCUCUGGCUUUGGAAGGUUGAUGAUGUCCUCUCAAACACAUGGACAUUCAACGAGACUCCAACAGUGGAAGUAAAAUCGUCAUUAGCAAUGCAUGGAUGUAUGUAAGAAGGAUAAAUUAAUUAAUGCUUGAAUUUAGAUGGCUUUGAAAGAAAAGAUGAGGCGUGUGCAUUAAUGUAUAACACAAAAUCUUAGGUAAGAGGAAUGAAAUAUAUGUUUGGGCUUGGCUGAGUAAGAGUGUUGUGGUUGUAUAUCACCUAUAUCUAUCAUAUUCUUAUAUAUCAGUCUUUCUAAUGUUCCAA